GUGCAGACAGUGGAAGCCCGGCGGAGUGUGUGCGUCCUCCAUUUUGUUUGUUUGGGAUCGUUGUGGAGCGUAUAAAUAUGGCAAAACCUUCGGAAGAAAUAGAGUUCUCAGUGGAGGCAAGCCAGGUGUCCUGCACGGGUCGAGACAGCGACGUCUCAGAUCCGGAGAAGUCGGAGGCAGAGAGCGACAUUUCCGAUGUGGACUCGGCUGCCGAGGACAUGUUAUGGCAAGGCAAGGAUCCCGGUCUCGAUAGGGACGACCCUGAUGACCCAGAAUGGAAACCGUUGGCUGAGUUUUAUGUGGAAGAAGAUGAUCCUGAACAUUCUUCUGAAGGUGACCCGGAACCUGAACUCCAACCAACUCCAUCCAAAAUAUCACGUUUGGAGUCAACACCAAAAAAAGGCAGGGGACGGGGGAGGGAACGAGCAAGAGGGAAAGGGAAAGUGAGAAGACGUAGCACCAGCAGAACAAGCCCUUUACCUGCAGACGGUCGGGCGUGGUGUGACACUGAGGUACCAGAUACCACACCUACCCUGCCCCCCUUUUGUUCAGCACGGACUCCUGGAUCCCAGCUCAUCGGCACUGUAGACUACACCGUUUUAGAGCUGUUUCAGCAGUUUUUUACAAACACCAUUUUACUGACUCUGAUAAAAAAUACGAACACGUAUGGAAGAGCUACAUAUAAACCAUGGGUGGACAUUACGCUCAAAGACAUCUUUUCUUUUCUGUCAGUUGUCAUUUACAUGGGAGUCAUAAAAGUACCAAAUCUAACUGACUAUUGGCGACAGGGGAGGUUGUACAGUUUUCCAUACCCCAAGUCAGUCAUCACUGGAAAGAAGUUCCUCUCAAUUCUUCAUGCUCUUCACCUCAGCAGUCCAGAGGAUGAUGCUGAAAAUGAAAAAGCAAAAGGCACUGCUACGUUUGACCGCCUGGGGAAAAUAAAGCCAAUGUACACUGAGAUCAGGAAUGUAUGCCGUAAUAAUUAUCACCCUGGCCAACAUAUUUCUAUUGAUGAGAGGAUGGUGGCGUCAAAGGCUCGGACCAUAUUCAAGCAAUACUUGAAAAACAAGCCGGUUCGAUGGGGCUUCAAGCUGUUCGUUCUGGCAGACUCAGCAUCAGGCUAUACGUGGGACUUCUUUGUGUACGAAGGCAAAAACAUGCAGCCCAGUAAAAAGGGGUUGAGCUAUGACUCAGUUGUGAACCUAUUGAACACUAAUUUACUGGGCACAGGCUACAAACUCUACGUGGACAAUUUUUAUACCAGCCCAGCUCUGUUUCGGGAUCUCAGAGAGAAAAACAUCUCAGCCUGUGGCACCAUCAGGUCCAAUGUACAGGGAUACCCCAGAACAGCAAACAAUGCCCUGGACCCCAAAUCUCCCCGUGGCAGCAUCCGAUGGCUUCGAGAAGACUCCCUGGUCUUUGUCCAGUGGAAAGAUACGCGUGACGUCUCUAUGUGCUCCACCAUGCACACCGCCCAUGGAAAAGAGACGGUGCAGCGCAACGUGAAGGACAAUGCAGGCCAGUGGACAAUGAUAGAUGUCCCCAUUCCCCCAGCCAUCAAAGACUACAACAGGCACAUGGGUGGAGUCGACCUGUCUGAUGCCCUAAUUGGGUAUUAUGAGGUUCUCCACAAGACGAAGAAAUGGUACAAGACUUUAUUCUACCAUUUUCUGGACAUCGCCAUCGUGAACAGCUACAUCCUUUACAAAGAGCAGUGCAAAGUUAAAGGGAACAAACCAAUGCACCAGAAAGCUUUCAGGGAAACUCUGGUCUUGGAGCUGGCUGAUGCAGGAUCCACCAAGGCACCACAACAGGAAGACAAAAGCGACAAAAGCACGCAUCAUCGUCUAGUGCACAUCAGCGAUAGCGGGGACAAAAGUCAGGGCAGGCUGCGUUGCAGGAAGUGCCAAUCAAAAACCCCUGUAAAAUGCUCAACAUGCAACAUUCCCUUGUGCUUUCUUCCAAACAGGGACUGUUAUAACGAAUGGCACACACAAAACAAGUCGUGAGUGUCAUAGUGUGAAGAACAUGUGUACAGUUUUAGUGUCUGUGAAAUAUACAGUCUGCAGUGUUUGUGUUAGUGUGACUUUUAAAUAUAUAUCUAUGUACUUGCCCAUAA